CCGCUGCUGCUGUCCACCGGCUGCCGGGCGCUGGAAGAAACCCUCAUGGACACAAAAUGGGUGACAUCGGAGUUGGCAUGGACAUCUCAUCCAGAAAGUGGGUGGGAAGAAGUGAGUGGCUACGAUGAGGCCAUGAACCCCAUCCGCACGUACCAGGUGUGUAACGUGCGGGAGUCAAGCCAGAACAACUGGCUUCGCACGGGCUUCAUCUGGCGGCGAGAGGUGCAGCGCGUCUACGUGGAGCUCAAGUUUACCGUGCGUGACUGCAACAGCAUCCCCAACAUCCCUGGCUCCUGCAAAGAGACCUUCAACCUCUUCUACUACGAGGCUGACAGUGAUGUGGCCUCGGCCUCCUCCCCCUUCUGGAUGGAGAACCCCUACGUGAAGGUGGACACCAUCGCGCCCGAUGAGAGCUUCUCGCGGCUUGAUGCUGGCCGCGUCAACACCAAGGUGCGAAGCUUUGGGCCGCUCUCCAAGGCCGGUUUCUACUUGGCCUUCCAGGACCAGGGUGCCUGCAUGUCGCUCAUCUCUGUGCGGGCCUUCUACAAGAAGUGUGCGUCCACCACCGCAGGCUUCGCCCUUUUCCCCGAGACCCUCACUGGGGCCGAGCCCACCUCUCUCGUCAUUGCCCCUGGCACCUGCAUCGCUAAUGCUGUGGAGGUGUCCGUACCACUCAAGCUCUACUGCAACGGCGAUGGGGAGUGGAUGGUGCCCGUGGGAGCCUGCACCUGUGCGACCGGCCACGAGCCAGCUGCCAAGGAGUCCCAGUGCCGCCCCUGUCCCCCUGGGAGUUACAAGGCGAAGCAGGGAGAGGGGCCCUGCCUCCCCUGCCCGCCCCACAGCCGCACCGCCUCGCCAGCUGCCAGCAUCUGCACCUGCUACAGUAACUUCUACCGUGCGGACUCGGACUCCGCAGACAGUGCCUGUACCACGGUGCCAUCUCCCCCCCGGGGUGUGAUCUCCAAUGUGAAUGAGACCUCACUGAUCCUCGAGUGGAGCGAGCCCCGGGACCUGGGUGGCCGGGACGACCUCCUAUACAACGUCAUCUGCAAGAAGUGCCACGGGGGCCCUGGGGCCGGGGGCGCCUCAGCCUGCUCUCGCUGUGAUGACAAUGUGGAGUUUGUGCCUCGGCAGCUGGGCCUGACAGAGCGCCGGGUCCACAUCAGCCAUCUGCUGGCCCACACGCGCUACACCUUUGAGGUGCAGGCCGUCAAUGGUGUCUCGGGCAAGAGCCCGCUGCCCCCCCGCUACGCGGCUGUGAAUAUCACCACCAACCAGGCUGCCCCAUCCGAAGUGCCUACACUACAUCUGCACAGCAGCUCCGGCAGCAGCCUGACCCUGUCCUGGGCACCCCCAGAGCGGCCCAAUGGAGUCAUCCUGGACUACGAGAUGAAGUACUUUGAGAAGAGUGAGGGCAUCGCCUCCACGGUGACCAGCCAGAAGAACUCGGUGCAGCUGGGCGGGUUGCGGCCUGACGCCCGCUACGUGGUCCAGGUCCGUGCCCGCACCGUAGCCGGCUACGGGCAGUACAGCCGUCCGGCGGAAUUUGAGACCACAAGCGAGAGAGGCUCCGGUGCCCAGCAGCUCCAGGAGCAGCUUCCCCUCAUCGUGGGUUCUGCCACGGCUGGGCUUGUCUUCGUGGUGGCUGUCGUGGUCAUCGCUGUCGUCUGCCUCAGGAAGCAGCGGCGCGGCUCUGACUCCGAGUAUACCGAGAAGCUGCAGCAGUAUGUUGCUCCCGGAAUGAAGGUUUAUAUUGACCCUUUUACGUAUGAGGACCCUAAUGAGGCUGUGCGAGAGUUUGCCAAGGAAAUCGAUGUCUCCUGUGUCAAGAUUGAGGAGGUGAUUGGAGCUGGGGAAUUUGGGGAAGUGUGCCGGGGUCGGCUGAAACAGCCAGGCCGCAGGGAGGUGUUCGUGGCCAUCAAGACGCUGAAGGUGGGCUACACAGAGAGGCAGCGGCGGGACUUCCUCAGUGAGGCCUCCAUCAUGGGUCAGUUUGACCACCCCAACAUAAUCCGACUAGAGGGCGUGGUCACUAAAAGUCGGCCAGUCAUGAUUCUCACCGAGUUCAUGGAGAACUGUGCCCUGGACUCCUUCCUCCGGCUCAACGACGGACAGUUCACGGUCAUCCAGCUGGUGGGCAUGUUGCGGGGCAUUGCUGCUGGCAUGAAAUACCUAUCCGAGAUGAACUACGUGCACCGAGACCUGGCUGCCCGCAACAUUCUUGUCAAUAGCAACCUGGUCUGCAAAGUCUCAGACUUCGGCCUCUCCCGCUUCCUGGAGGAUGAUCCCUCUGAUCCUACCUACACCAGCUCCCUGGGCGGGAAGAUCCCCAUCCGCUGGACUGCCCCAGAGGCCAUAGCCUAUCGGAAGUUCACCUCUGCUAGUGAUGUCUGGAGUUAUGGAAUCGUCAUGUGGGAGGUCAUGAGCUAUGGAGAGCGACCCUACUGGGACAUGAGCAACCAGGAUGUCAUCAAUGCCGUAGAGCAGGAUUACCGGCUGCCCCCACCCAUGGACUGCCCCACAGCACUGCACCAGCUCAUGCUGGACUGCUGGGUGCGGGACCGGAACCUCAGGCCCAAAUUCUCCCAGAUUGUCAACACCCUGGACAAGCUCAUCCGCAAUGCUGCCAGCCUCAAGGUCAUCGCCAGUGCCCAGUCUGGCAUGUCACAGCCCCUCCUGGACCGCACGGUCCCGGAUUACACAACCUUCACGACAGUUGGUGACUGGCUAGAUGCCAUCAAGAUGGGGCGGUACAAGGAGAGCUUUGUCAGCGCGGGGUUUGCAACCUUUGACCUGGUGGCUCAGAUGACUGCAGAAGACCUGCUCCGGAUUGGGGUCACCUUGGCUGGCCAUCAGAAGAAGAUCCUUAGCAGUAUCCAGGACAUGCGGCUACAGAUGAACCAGACACUGCCCGUGCAGGUCUGACACCUGACUCCCACUGGGUGGGUACCCCCCAAGGACUGUGCAGGGACUCUGACCAGCUGGCUGGACUUUUGGACUUUUGGAUGCCUGGCCUUAGGCUGUGGCCCAGAAGAUGGAAGUUUGGGGAAGGCCCAAACUGGGACUUCUCCUCCAGGCCUGUGCUCCCUCCCCAGGAAGUGUGCCCCAAACCUCUUCAUAUUGAAGAUGGAUUAGGAGAGGGGGUGAUGACCCCUCCCCAAGCCCCUCAGGGCCCAGGCCUUCCUGCUCUCCAGUGGGGGAUCCCCACCACCUCAGACUUCGCUGUUCUUCAGUGCUGGAGGUCCUGGCAGGGUCAGGUGGAGGAUAAGCCUGGGUUCUAUAGGGCCCAGCCCUGGCAGGGGUCUGGCCCCCCCAGGUAGGCAGAGUAGUCCCUCCCUCAGGAACUGGAGGAGGGGACUCCGGGAAUGGGGAAAUGUGACACCCCAUCCUGAAGCCAGCUGGCACCUCCAGUUUGCACAGGGACUUGUUCUGGGGGCUGAGGGCCCUGCCCCACCCCCACCCUUGGUGCUGUCAUAAAAGGGCAGGCAGGGGCAGGCUGAGGAGUAGCCCCUUGCCCCCCAGAGACUGACUCUCAGAGCCAGAGUUUGGAUGUGUAUGUGAGUGUGUUCGUGUGUGUGUGUGUGCGUGCGCGUGUGUGUCUGUGCAUGCACUGGCCUGCACAGAGAGCAUGGGUGAGCGUGUAAAAGCUUGGCCCUGUGCCCUGCAGUGGGGUGAGCUGGGCCGUCAGCGGAAUAAAGGCAAUAAGAUGA